UGCUAGUGCAUUUAUACCGGGGCUGUUGCUAGUGCAUUUAUACCGGGGCUACUGCAUUUAUACCGGGGCUGUUGCUCGAGGAGACUAGCCCGGGGCUGGUGGUCCUGUCAGGGGGUCGGGGACUGUGGAGGUCGGGGCUGCUGCAGUAACCCGGGGCUCGAGUUAGUUAUUCCGGUUACUGUCGGAGAUACCGGGGCUACGACACAUGGCGACCGUGGCGAGCGCUCGGACACCGGGGAGACCGCGCCACGCCAUGUCUUACCAAGAGCAAAAGGAGCAGAAGCUGGAGGAGCUUCGUCAGCGGAAGAGAUACGCCAACAGUGUGGCAGAGCAGGCCCGCUGCCGGCUGGAGGGCAGGGUCUACUUGAAGGACAAGACGAACUUUGAUAAAGAUCGGGCAGCAAAAUGGCGGAAGGACUUGCCGGUACGUGAAGGGAAGCGGCUGCAGCCAAAGGUGCCUGUUCUGCACAGUUCUGUUCCCCAGCCCCUGAGUGGUGGUGGAUCGACGGUGUCCCGGCAUCCAGAGGAGGCUCCCACGCCGAGGAGUGAGGGGCCGACGGCUGAUCAGAUCGCUCGGUCCGAGGCAGUGCCGUCGGCAACGGCCCCAAACGGCGGGCAGCGGGCAAAGGGGACGGUCCCUGCCACCGUCGACAAAGUGCCCGUCCAACCGGCCAGGGAAUCGGAGAGGAAGCCCCCCGGCCAGCAGCCCGAUUCAGUGACGGAGCAGAAAGGAAAGAUGCAGGCGAGACAUCGGAAGGCCGCGCUGAGCCAUUCCUCCCUCGCCGUCAGGAGCGAGCAGGUUCGAUCCUUGGCCACGAGGAGCGGCAGGCCUAGGCUGCCGCUUCCCGCCUUCGGGAAGGCCGUGCCGGGAUUGUACCGCGGCCGGGUCGUGGAGUCCAAGAUCCAGUCGUUCCGGUCAGCCUCCCAGCCGGGCGAGCGGCCCGCAGUGGCAGCGGCCACUCGCUCCGACUUGGUGGUGCGGCACAAGGAACCGCGGGACAAGCCCUGGUCAAAGGGAGUGGAGACACGGCGGGUUCCGGGGAGCGACGCUAACGCUGCACCCCGCGGCAAUGCCAGGGGGUUGGCCACCGCCUCCCGCCGCCAGAAACCUGCCACCACCAGCGUCCUGAAAAUAAAGAUCGACUUUAACCAGGCAGGCAACGGGGAUGCUGCAAUCGUGGCGACUCAGACCAUCUCCAAGAGGAGCACCGCGCCGCCCGUGAAAACCCCCAGGGACACCAGCAGACCCCCAGCGUGGAGCGUCUCCAAACCCCAGGGCAGCCACAACCCCAUCCCCAUCAAACGCACCACAGCCACUGCAGAGAAAAGGAGACUGCAGCCGGUGUCCAAGGGGAGGCCAGCGAAAGGCUCGGAUAUGACCCCCGUGCAGAAGAAGAAGCCCGCGGCAGAGCCGGUGAAAUCCCCCUGUGCCACAGUCAUGGAAGGGAAAAAUCAGACUGAGGCGGACAACGAGUUCAAUCAACAUCUCUCCCAGUGCGUGAACAGCAUUCAGGAGGGCAGCCCGAGUGCGGACAUUCUGCAGACACUGGCGGCGUUCACCGAGUGUGCCCCAAAGCCCAAGACGUUUGCAAAGUAUUGGAUUUGCCUGAUGUACCUGGAGCAGCGCAAGGGCUUGGACCACGAUGUGAUGGCUGUUUACGAACAAGCUGUUCGGUCCGAAGCACAGCCGACAGAGGAGCUGCGUAUUGCUCUAGCUGACAUUCUGAACGCCACGACUCCCAAGAAACCGUGUCGGGGUGAAGGUGAGGAAGAUGGAGCCGAGGCUGAUGCGACUCUCCCGUUGGACUCUGUAAGUGAGCGUGGAGCGGUGGUGGAGGAGGAUGUGGGCCGUGCCGGCGAAGACCAGGUGACCGUGCCGGCCCCGGACGGGACGGUGAGCUUGUCACCGCGGGAGCAGCGGUCGCCGUCUCCUGGCGCGGCCAGUGAGCCGAGUCUGUGCGGAGGCGAUGGAGAGGCCUCUGUGGGUGCUGAGCCCACGGCUGCCCUCAACGCGGAGCAGUGUACGGGGCAAGGGAUGGAGCCUGCAGCCGGGCAAGACCAUCCUGCAGUGGAGGAGAGUGAGGAAGGCUGCCAGCCUCAAGCUGAAGUUGACAGCAAGGAGAACUGCAAAAUCCUCAGAAACAUUAAAAUAGAAGACUCGAAGACCCCGAUAAAGCCGAUGAUGACACCAAGUAAAGGAAAGAACCGAGGAUCAUCUGUUAAAUACAGCGUAAAAACCGACGCCCAGACGGCAAAACGCCAAGAACCCAGUUCAUCGGGAUAACUGCAGCUCGGAUAUCAAGGAGCUGCGGUUCCUGACUCCUGUGCGGCGUUCCCGGCGUAUCGAGCACGGAUCUGAGAAGCUACCCUCGAUGUUGCAGGACCACGAUCCUUGCAUCUCCUCCUUGAAUGACCUGGAACACCUGGCGGGUGAGGCCACUGCCUAUGCGUUCAGGGUGAACAACGCACUGCAAGAAUUCACCAACAUUUCUAUGGACUGAUGAUGGAUUUCUAACAGUUAAUAAAAAAGCACCUUGUGUUCCUUGGCAACUUGUAGUUACAGUGCAGUUCAGCUUCACGUGAUAAGUUUCCCUUUCACUUGUCAUUGCUAAAGCAAGGAUUGUUUGUCCUACCAUGUCCACUGGAAUUCGGAUUAAAUGGGCGGGCUCGAGUUGAUAGGACUUCCUGCUGCCUUGCUCUGAUCUCCUAUCUGAUAUUUAAUCUCAAAUGUUUUAACAAAAUAAAAAUCACUCUUUUUAAAUGGGUGGCUAUAUUUGUUGAAGUGACCAUCACAAACAAAUGUUUUGAUUAACACUUUGGUACAUUAUCUGUGAUCUCUGAACAGAAAGCUUUUGCAUAUCAAGCAAGUUGUACUCGAGCUACAGAAUACGAUAUUGAGAGGGCUGCUGCAGAAUUUUGUUAUUAAAACUUCCUAGAAUAUGUGGGUAUAUAAUAAAACUUUAUAUUUAAUAGUUUUUACAGUUUUAUAGACAACAGUGCUGGUAUGCACAUAAAUCCUUGGGGUCUGGUGGAUCAUUGUCCUGCAAGCUAUUUUAAGGUCUUGACCACAUAAUUUAAGUAAAAUUGAUUUUAAAAAGUUGAGUAAUUUGUAAUUAUCUAAAAAAUUAAUUGAGUCGAGGAUGUGAAGAAAGCACCAUUGUACCAUUGUGAAUAAAGCACAGCCUUUGCACUGGUUUGACUUGAUGCUGCUGCCAAUCUGAAUCAACACUAACUUUAAAUAUAAAAACUUUUCUAUCCAGACAAAGGUAAGAUUACAACACGGCAAGCAAAAGAAAACCACUGCCAACUUUUAGUUUCAAAAUAAUAAAUCAAUUUUGUUCUCCUUGCAAAACAAUACAUUUUGAUUGCUAAAAAGUCAAUUUGUAGGAUGUCCAGUUUUACCUUGAGUUGUGGUGGUUAGGUUUUAUGAGAAUGCCAGCAUCCUCGGUUCCUUAAUAUUUUGCUUUAAGUUUUCCCAUUUUCACGAGGGACACGUUUGAAACUGAAUUCCCAAACAACACUUUUGAACUACCAGGCCACAGGCAUCAGUUAUGUUUGGAGAAAUUCAAUUUCAAAUGCUUUCCUGGUGGAAAAAGGGCAAACUUUGUUGAUGUGGGAGUACUGGUAAUGCUUACAAUGGUCACAAUGGAACACGAGGCAGCAGUACUACAUAGGUGUUUAAAUACCCUUUUAGUUUUGCUUGUAGUAAAAUGUAAUCUUGUAUUUGCCUUCAGUAACAUUUUGUACAUAUUGUCCUAUCUUCAUUCUGUACCUGAUAAUAAUUCAAGGAUCAUUUAGUCUAAAGUUAAUGUUGCUUUUGACCUGUGUUUUCUCAACGCUGUGUUACCUGUCUUCAUUAAAUGGUCACUUUAUUACCCU